AUGUUGAAGUUAAUAUCGAUUUGCCUAUUAAUAGGCACCGUCCGUUCCGGCGGCCAAUCCGGCGGUUAUGCUGGAGGUCAACAAGGUGGAGCGAUUCAAUCGGUUCAAGGAGCCGGCGGAUCUUUUGCAUCGGGACCCGACUUCAACCCGAUCCUCCUUCAAGGACAACGUGGAUACCCUGGAAUUCGUGCUCGUUUGAACUCUAGAGCCUUCCAAUAUGCAAGCACUUUGGUGGCUGGACUUCUGAAUUCUGAGAUCAAGAAGGCUAGAAUUCCACCGAUUUCACAGUGUAUUCCAAUGGUACAAGGAUGCGUAAACAUCUACAAUCUCUACGUAUCCCGAUACAGAUGUCCACAAAGAGUCGUCCUCUACCCGGCACCACCAAACAGAAUUGUUCUUCAAGUCCAAAAUGUUGAUUUGGGAGUAACUGGAAACUUGGGUGGACAAGUCGUCGUCCUCCUUCCAAUCGCCCUUUCUGGAAUCGUCCAAUUGAAUAUUCAUCAGGCAACAAUCACUGUUCAGCUGGCUAUUGAAAGAGGUCCACGUGGUCCAUAUGUCCGUUUAUUGUCAUGUGAUAUGCAAAUUGGAUAUGCUGACGCUUAUAUUGAGAAUGGAGGAUUAGUUGGAGAUAUUGUCAACAGUCAGUUCAGAAGCCAAAUCUCAAACCAAGUCCGUCAAAUGAUCCCUGGACAAGUUUGCGGCCAACUUCCAAACAUUAUCAACGAGAAACUCAACUCCAAACUCGGAGCUCUCCCACAAACUAUUGCUCUUCAACAGAUGAUUUCUCUCUUCGGAGGAGCUCUUGGACUCGGAGGAAGCGGAGGUGGAGGUGGCGGAAAUUGUCCAUCUACCUGUCCAAAAGCCCCAGUAUUCAUUCCAUCCACCAACCCACAACCAACUCAAGUUGCUCCAUCAUCCCUUCCAGCCACUCCUAUUGUCGGAGGAGCUGCUCCAGCCCCACAGAUCCCUACAACUGCUUACACAGAGGGAACAAGAAAGGCAGCAGCUGUCAGAACUCUUCAACAACUUCAAGCUCUUCGUUAUCCAAGAAGUACAAAUAUCACUCAACAUUUGGUACUUCCACAGGGAAUCGGAAGACAGAGAAUGUAUGCGGCCACUAUCAGAGCUGCUGGAGUUGGACAAUACCAGUCGCAAGGACAAGUUGCCACGUACUCGAAUGUUGGAGCUAACCCAAGAUAUCCACCACCACCAACUGUGGCCGGUGGUCCAGUCGCUGUCCAACCUCCACCAGAUUGCUCCAAGUGCUCUGCUGCCGGUGGUUCUGGUGAUGAUCCAGCCUCUUUCCUCCGUCAAAUUGCCGGACAUUUGGAUAUGAGCAAACUCAACGACUUGUAUCUUUCUCUCCAAUAUAUGCAGUCAUAUGCCACUUCAAAUGACUACACAAUCGACCUGACAGGAGAAUUCUCUCCAUACGGACAAGGCGGCACUCCAUUCGGACCAUUCCCAACUCAAUUCCCAUAUUAUGGAGGACAAAUGGCUGAGUUCAUUGUCACUGACUACACUGUCAACUCACUUUUCUAUUGGCUCCAUCGCAAGCAGUUCUUGUCUUUCCGAAUUGGCCCAGAGACUCCAAAAAUUGGAGAACUUCUGAAGACAACUUGCUCUGAAGAUGAUGAUGAGUUGGAUGGAGGUACUGUAGAAUUGGAUGAAGAAGAAGCAAGAAGAAGACGUCGUUUGGCGAAGGAGAAGGCAAAGUACCGACUGAGAAGAGGAGUUCACUCGAAUUCGACGAUUGUCGUUUCUGUGAGACCAAGCAGACACGUGGCAACACAUGUUACUGAUCCAGAGAUUAUUGGAGCAACGAAUGAGACGACGAGACUUAGAUCGAAGAGAAUGAGAGAUUCGAGAAGAAGACGCCAAGAGGAUACUGCUGGACUUGCCGAUCUUGGAAUCUGUUUCGGAGACAUCCUCCCAGCCGUUCGUGAGAAAUACCCGAAUAAGAAGAUUGCUGUUCAAAUCAGAACUGUUCGUGCUCCAUCUGUUAUCCUUUCUUCUGCUAAAGGAGGAAUGGUGACUCUUGAUUUGAUCGCCGACGCUGACAUCUACAUUGAUCAAACCAAUACCAAAGUCGGAACAAUCACAAUCGCUGCCACCGUCGUUUUGACAGCUAGAAUCGGAGGAGGAAGACUGUCUGGAACUGCUGAAAUCACUCAACUUCAUCUUUCGGAUAGAACUGGAUCGCUGGGUCUUCCACAGGAUGCACUCGAUAAUUUGGGAAAUCUCGGAAAGGAAUUGUUGCAGAAGGUCGCCAACGACGGUCUCCAAAAGGGAAUCGCUAUCUCAAUUCCACAAAAUCUUCCACUUCCAAUCGGAAUCAUCAAUCCAGAUGUGCAUAUCGUUGAACACGGACUCCACAUUGCCACAGAUUUCACGAUUUCGCCGUCACUUCUCGGAGGUGGAGGUGGAUGUUAG